AUGGCAGAAAAGCUAGAAUAUUCGUUUCUACGAAAAGAUGAAUGCAACUCGAACAAUGUCGUUCUAAAUCUAACAUCAGCUGUAUCCGUCGUUGGUCCUUCGAGUUGCAGUGCGAAACGAACGCAGAGCAAAAUAUUUUUUGAUUUCAAGAAAUAUUUCAAUAGCGGUUACAACAACAACAGCAGCAGCGGUGGGAGUGGUUCGAGUAUCCGGCUGAGGCAUCGUUCCAGUAGUUGUGACAAGACGAAAAAGCAAGGAAAAACGUUGAAGCAUGGCCUAAUAAGUUCGGCUAUAAUGACCAAUGGUCUCUUAGUUGCUCCUCUGCAUUCUACUGGUCAGAAAGCUUUUGAAACUCCAACCCUUUUGAAUUUCAUUGGUCAGCAGGCAUUUGAAUGCAGGGAAGCAAUGGAGUCUAUAUCUAAAUUAGAUCACAUUGAUUCUGAACUACUUGAAAAUAUAAUUGAAAAAGAUAGCUACUUGAAGGGCAUACAUGACUUCAUAAGAUCAGAAAAGAAUUAUUUAAUGCAGCUAUACCAAAUGAACAUUGAACCUAUAAGAAAGUUCACAUCAGCGUCAGCAGAAGAUAGGACCAAGUUAUUUAAUGACUUUGUGAAUUUCAGGAAAAAAGCUUUUGAUAGAUGUCGAAUGCUUAAGUUAUCUUUAAUUGAGUGGGUGUCAUCAUCAUCAUCAUCGUCGUCGUCAAGAAUAUCGUCAUCAUCAUCAUCCCUCUCUCCUCUCAUUAUAGCAAGAAGUGUUUUCAACGAUUCUCUACCAUUGGAUACUUCAAGGUACUACGAUGAACUGGUACACAACAUAAGGUUACAUGAAGACUUGCUUAAAAACUCUGUGGAUUACAAUGAACUCUGUACAUAUAUAGCGCAACAUCAAUACAACAACAACACUAAUCGUCAUCAAAACCAGUCACUCCAUCAUCAACAACAACAACAAGAUCUUAACUAUCACCAUCGUCAUCAUUAUCAUGAACUUUCUGGUGUACUUACAUUACCGUUUAACAGACUUGUAGUUUACAUCUCAGUUUUAAGAUCGAUACUGCAUAACAUUUCGACAUCACCACCAUCAUCAUUAUCAUUAUCGUCAUCAUUAUCAUUGUUAUCGUCGUCAUCAUCAUCAUCAUCAUUACCACCAUCAUCGUCAUCACUGCCGUUAUUAUCAUCAUCAUCAUCGUCAUCGUCGUCGUCCAACAACAACAACAUCAUCAUCAUCAUCGCCUUUACUAUCGUCAUCAGCGAUAACAUCAUCGUUAUCAGUACCCGUGACACCAAUUAGAGUGCUAACAACUACAACUGCAGCAGCUGCAAAAUCGUCUGUG